AGCGGAGCUGGAAUCUGAACUCGACAGGAGUCUGCGAUGUGUCCAAGGCGCUGACAUGAAAAUCCGAAAAGAGCCCAGAAUUCAUCAAGGAAAUGAAAAACUCCAAAGUUUCUGGAUACACGUCCCCGCUCCCGAGCGUGUGAAACCUGGCCGUCUUCCGUCCUGGAGGUGAAUUGGCGACAGAUGUGCGGAGGUGAGAGUGAGAGUGAGAUUGAACUUUUUUUUGCCUGAACGCAGGAAUGAGCGGCGUCAGUGCUGGAGCCGCACGCAGAAGACGAUUCCCGGCGGCUAUGUGAACCUCAGAGCCGUGUGGACAGCUCUCUGUGCUAUUUGCAUGGUUUUUUUUUUUUUUUUGGCUUCUGUUUGCAACUACGUAAGACAAAAGUGUGCCGAGAAGAAGUGGAAGGAAUGAAAGAAAGAGUUCAGCGGAAUUCCGAGUAAACGCAGAAGGUGUAGGUUUCAGACUUGGGUGAAUUUGUGCGCGCGGUACAGUUGCAGUGCAGCGCUACUUUUCCCGACGGCGGCGGAAAGGCGGGCAGAGAUGCGUGCAGCAGGCUCGCUGCGGGCGCUGCUACUGAAGGAGAAGCAGGCCAGGCGGCGCGUCUCCACUCCGUGCGUGGUGCUUUUCCUGACGUGCUUUGGCACUGCUGCUGCGUCUCUGGAAUGCCCUCACCAAUGCGUGUGCACAGGCACAACAGUAGAGUGCAAUCGCCAGAACUUAACAUCCAUCCCACAGCCAAUUCCAGCCAACACAACGACCCUUCUCCUCACUGGAAACGAUAUAUCCCAUCUAACCGAGGAGUCCUUCCCUGUUCGCCUGGACUAUCUGGCAGAGCUUUAUCUGCCUGAAAACCGAAUAGAGCAAGUGGCCCCUGGGGUGUUUGACAGCUUGCCAAGGCUCCGUCUGCUUGACCUGAGCAACAACAAAAUCUGGAAUUUUAGCCCUGAUGCUUUUCCAGAGCACAAUAUGCUCCAGGUCUUAAACCUGAGCGGAUCAUUGUAUAAUUUCUCCUAUACUGAUGUUUUUUGUAACCUUUUAAAGCACGCUGUUCCUAAACUUUCCAAUCUCAGCUUGGCAAACAAUGACCUUGUCGUCCUUCCAGACGACAUGUUCACCAGCUUGUCGGACCUCACCACCCUGGACCUGAGAAACAAUUCAAUAGUUUCAAUUAAGAACGUGACUUUCCGAAACAACGCGCUUAUUAGUUUGGACCUGCGGAACAAUGCUCUGAAAGAGCUGUCUAAUGGGACGUUAAAGGAGUUCAACCAGAUACCUGGGCUUCAGCUGUACCUGCUGGGAAACCAGUGGGUUUGUGACUGCAACAUUGAGGACAUGGUGAUGUGGUUACAGAGCUCAGAUGUUGUUGUGGACAAGCAGCACAUGACCUGCACUCAGCCGGAAAAACUGAGAACCAGUCAGCUCUUGCAGUUGAAGCAUUCAGAGCUGCAGUGCACCGACUCUGGAAACAUGGAGGUUACCCUGGAGACCUCGUAUGUCUUUCUGGGUAUGGUGCUGGCCCUCAUUGGGGUCAUAUUCCUGCUAGUCCUUUACCUGAACAGAAAAGGCAUCAAGAGAUGGAUGUAUAAUAUCCGUGAUGCAUGCAGGGACCACAUGGAGGGCUACCAUUACAGGUAUGAGAUCAACUCGGAUCCACGCCUGGCCAACCUCAGUCUUAACUCGGAUGUGUAAGGAGGUGUGGUGCUUGGCUGGAGAUGGGGAAAAGAGUUUCCCACAAUUACGCACAGUGACUCAGCUCUACGUUUGCAUAGUUUUCACAAGCUUAUACUGUAAUAUGCAGUUUGCCAUGCCAGAUAGAUUAAUUGGCGUCUGCUGCGGUACACGCCGCAUGCUAUGUUAUGGUGUGUCUUGUUUAGAUGUUGUUCAACGCUUGCAUGAAUCAAGAACUCAUAAAGGUACAUAAGUGCUUCUUUCUUCUAAAAGAAAUCUACAUAUGAUACUUUGGGACAGUGUGAAGUAUGAUGCAAGGAUCUCUCUAAUGGAUGCAAGUUGUGCAUAUUAUCUUGCUUGCAAAAUGACUGAAAUGAAGAAUUAUACAUGUCUUAAAUCUCAUUAAUGCUUGACUUUUUUCCCUUGAAUAAUAAGUUACCAUGUUUGCAUGUGUUUAUGUACUUUUUCCAGUGGUUAUAAUAUCAUAAUACUCACAUAUACUUAUCACAGCUGUCCAUUUUUAUAUUCACAUUUGUUCCAUUGACAUGGCUUAACUUUUCUUAUGAAUAUGUUCUGCUGAAUAAAAAGGUCUUGCGUUGA